AUGGCGGAGCCCGAUACUCUCCCACGACGCUCGUCGUCCCUGGCUUCUUCAGGGUCGAGCAGGAGCCAAAGGGCUAGAACAUUGCGCCCACAGGCGCAUAAACGACACUCGACAUCUUCGAACAAAACGACCGACCUCACCUCUUUCCCCUCGCUUUCCCCGCCUGACCGCACCCCCACCUUGACACGAGGCUUGACGAAUACUUUGAUGGGGGACGAUGAGGAACAAAAACCAAAAGAUAAUGGUCGUGGGCGCAAGGCUACUCUGGCGAGACUGACGACUGGUAUGUCUCACACCGGCCGGGCAGCUCUCUUUGACGAUUCCGUUCCAACGCACGAUAUUCCUGGAGCCCUUCAUUUGGCGGACGAUGCACCCAUUGAGAGAUUAAUCGCAAGCACCGGCGCUGUGAAAAUUGUGAGGCAGUUCGCUCGCGAUCUGGCCCAGCGGGAUGCCGAGAUUUCAGCGCUGAGACAGCGUGCCGAUGCCAGAGAGCGGGAGUUAAAGCGUAUGCUUCGUGAAGUCUCCGUAUCCAACCAAGACAUUGAACGCCGUCUGUAUCAAUCAGAAAAUUCACUGGACGAUCGCACUUCGGAUGGAGAAAGCAGUCACAGUGGUGAUCAGUCCUCACAGCAGUCAUCAGGGCUGAAUGGACUUAUGUCUCAGGCUAUGACAGAUGCAGUGGGGUCUCAGGUCGAUGGGGAUACGCAAGUCUCAUCAGACAAUUUGGCCACCAUUCGUGCACAACGUUCUGGGAGUGAUACUCGUUCAACCGAACUUGGACCCAACCGUAAGCGACAAGGGUCUCUUCGUGGUUGGCAGGAGUACUUGUUUGGCUCAACAAACACAAGCCGGAAGACAAGCCGGGCGAGCAGCAUCAUCGGCGAUAUGAAAGAGGUGGAUGAGGAAAACCCCGAUAGCUUUCGAGUGCCGAGUAACACUUCAGUUCGCCGCAAAGGGCUUGAUGACCAACUGUUCCAACCUCCUCCGGCGAGCGAAAUAGCUGGAAAGCGUCUUGCCGGUGUCUCUGCUACCAACGGUGAUGAUGCAAGCAUUCAUUCCCGCAAGUCUUCGCGCUCUAUUGGCUCGUGGACAGUGAAGUUGUUUGCUGGCAACCCACAAGGGAAAGACAACAGCGAUUCGGAGAGUAUCCGUACCAAGCCUCCAUCAGAUCAUAAUGUUCCGUCUAGCAACCCCAAAGGAGGAAUGUCUGCUGUGGCCGCACUAAAGAGAAUCAACAGCAACAGCAACACCAAUGUUCCUGCAACUAGAACUAACGGCGUGCCGAAUGCUACUGGCAAAAUGACCCCUACAAAUGCUCGAAGAAGCGCCGCGGUGGCAAGUGUAUCACAGGGUGCAACAUCCGACGGUGCAGGAAGCGCGACCAAUCUUGGCCCCGUCGAAAUGGAUGCCAUUUUGCCCAUGGAAUCUCGUCCCCCUACUCUUGCGCCUAUUUACAAUAAAUCCCACUCUGGGGAGUUUCUUACGGACAGGUUUGGCUUCAUUUACGACCAGCGACGAAAGCGACGUGAAAGAGAGGCCAACACUGCAAAACCCGCCAAGCCUUCCUUGAGCAUUGCUGAAACUCUCGGGAACCUUCGCAGCGAUUCAUCAGACGAGGAUGAUGAAUUUGGCAAUAAAAAACCCCAAUCCACCAAAUCACCGACUUCUCCUACCUUCUCGCCUGAUGAUCCCGAAAGUGGAACAGUUGGACUGCGCCGCUGGCAGGACUACCUGAAACUUCCAUCUCGCCCAACAGAACUGCUCUCUCAUACACCUUCAGCCGCACCGAUUGUUUCGUUGACCGACUCGACGGAUAGUCGCCCACACAGUUCUUCGAUCUCAACAGACAAGGGUUUGUCAGUCAAUGCCAGCGCACAACCAUCUGCUACUACGUCGGCUGUUACUGCCGAUCGUCCUGAGUUUGCUGGAACGGUCUCUAAUGACCCUGCCGGGCUUUCUAUGAAUAGAAUGGGUGCUGCUGAGACCGAGCCUGUGAAAUUACUUCUGGAACAGCUCACUGAUCUUCAUGAUACGCUGCAACGGGAUCGUACUGUACGGUGGAAUGAAUUCCUCCGCAAGGUCCGCGCGGAGCGUCGAAAGGAGGGCGAAGCUGCAGCUGCAGCCUCCUCCGAUAAGACUGUCACUGCAGUCGAUACACCGGAGGCCACUCUCACCGACGGCGAGGUUGUCGGAAUCGCCGGUCUCGGAAACAAGGGGAAAGUCGGACGUGCCAAGUGGCGCGAAUUCCGGACGCUUGUUCUCGGCGGUAUACCUGUUGCUCUUCGGGCCAAAGUAUGGUCCGAAUGUAGUGGAGCCUCUGCUAUGCGUAUCCCGGGAUACUAUGAUGAUCUUGUCCGCGGGGUCGGGGGAGUAGAGCCAGACGCAUCCGCCGUGGCCCAAAUUGACAUGGACAUUCGGCGCACCUUGACUGAUAAUGUCUUUUUUCGCAAAGGGCCUGGGGUUUCCAAGCUUAAAGAGGUCCUCCUAGCGUACUCGCGUCGCAAUGCGGAGGUCGGCUACUGCCAGGGUAUGAACCUCAUUGCCGCAUCCCUUUUGCUUAUAAUGCCUACGGCUGAAGACGCAUUCUGGAUCUUGGUUUCGAUGAUCGAGAUCAUUCUUCCCCAACAUUACUACGACCACGGUCUACUUGCGUCUCGCGCCGACCAAGUCGUUCUACGGCAGUACAUUUCGGAACUUUUGCCCAAGCUCUCAGCCCACCUGGAGGACCUGGGAAUCGAAUUAGAAGCGCUCACUUUCCAAUGGUUCCUCUCUGUUUUUACGGAUUGCCUCUCUGCGGAAGCUCUAUACCGUGUCUGGGAUGUUGUUCUCUGCCUGAAUGUCACAAGCUCCAUCACCCCUCCCAAUGGUGUCAAAGACGCGGCUGACAAGGCUACCCCGAGAUCCGAAGAGCUUUCUUCCGGUAGUGGGGGUGGUAGCACAUUCUUGUUCCAGGUGGCACUAGCACUACUGAAGCUCAAUGAGCCACAACUACUUACCAAUUGUUCGACACCGGCUGCCCUAUACACAUACAUCAACCACCAAAUGACCAACCACGCCAUCAGCAUCGAUGGACUGAUUCAAGCCAGCGAGGCGCUGCGCAAGAUGGUCCGACGAGAGGAUGUCGUUUCUCGCCGUGCCAUGGCUCUCCGCGAGAUGCGUGAAUUUAGCGGCCAAUGA